CGCCCCUAAAAUCUGCCCCCAGGUGCGCGAGUUGAAAAGAGAUGAGAGAAAUUCUAUAUUUCCAAGCCGGUAGAGUCUCCAAUUUUAUCGGCACUCAUUUUUGGAAUGCGCAAGAGAACUGCUUCACAUACGAAGACGAUGCUCAAGAGUCUUUGGUGAAUCACGACGUUUCGUUUAGAGAAGGAUUAAACCAGCGGGGAGAUUCCACGUUUUGCCCCAGACUGCUCCUCUUUGACCACAGAUCGAAUUUUGGAGCUCUAUCUGACAUUUCCGGCGAUACAAAAAACGAUGCGGAUGACGUCACGGCUUUAUGGAGCGGCGAGACAGUGCAAUAUUGUAGCGAACCCAUUAGACGCAGCGAAUAUCACGUACAGCUUGAGGCUGACGGCGAUGAGAGUCGCUUAGAGACUGAUGAUCAAAGGGAUGAAGCGCAAGUGAAUGAUUCCAAGGUCCAGUACUGGUCAGAUUACAGUCGCGUGUACCUCCACCCACGGAGUGUUCAUCGCCUUCCUGACCUUCCUGACUGGGACGACGCGGAAGGGGAUUGGGUCAAUAGCUCGGAUACGUUCCAAAAAUAUGAUGAGGAUAACGAUUUCAUGGAAGACUCGUUUCGUAUCUUUGUUGAAGAAUGUGACCACCUCCAGGGAUUUCAAACUAUGAACGACUCACUCACCUUCGGCGGCUUCACCCACUCCUUCCUCACCCGCUUUCGCGAUGACUUCGCCAAGUUGCCAUGCCUCUCGUUUCCUGUUCUUUCGGGUUCCGUCCCGGGCAUGGCAGAUGUAGAUGACUCUCGUGCGGUCGGAAAAGCACUGAACGAUGCCCUACUCCUUCAGAGCUUGAGCGACUUAUCCACGUUGACCGUUCCAAUACAACCUCCAUCCCUCUGGUCGUCAAGUACUUGGCUGCGCGACCUAAACCUGACUUUCGACAGCGUGUACCAGACAUCUGCUAUCCUCGCUACGCACGUCGAAGAUGUCACACUCCCGAUGAGACUGAAAUAUGACCGCGUUGACAUGGCAUCUCUUGCCUCGUCGCUAAGCUGGAGCAAUGAUAAGCUUUUCGCCGACCUUCAGGGAGCAUUUCCAUUGUUUCGUACGUGGGAUACAGAGGGGUUUCCUGAACCGAUGGUUUAUAAUUUUUCUACCGUCAACGGAGACGGCACAACCUGCGUGGACGCAGCAUCGACAUAUGCUCGAAUGAACGUCUCACGAGGCUUUUCGGAGGUAGAGAAGAAAUCAUUCAUGGGAUGGGCGGAAUGUUUCCGACCUGAGCCCUACACCUUGCAUGCCCCAGCCAUCGAGUUACCAUCCUCCUUCCCUCGCUUCUUCGUCUCUUCCUCUUCCUCUUCUUCUGUUCCGCCACACCAAGCAAGGUCGCUCAGCAGCCUAUCUAGCGGUGCCUCGCUGUCGUCGCUCUUUGGCGCCUAUGGUGCGGUGGCGAAAGAUUGCCUUGGACAGCGCCGUGACGUAGUGACAAGGAUGGGGCUAGAGGUUGAUGACGUGAGGGAGCUGCGAGAUAACUUGUGGGCCCUCGAAGAUGCGUACAAGAUCGACGAGGAAGUGAGCGAUGACGAUGAGUUGGGCGAGGACGAGGAAACGUGAGGGCUCCCGGUGUAAGCCCUCUGGCAAACGGGAAUUAUCUCCAAACAUUUCAACUUCAACGACGAUGGAUACAAUCGCGAUACAUUCUGACGGGACUUUGAAACUAGGUUAGACUUGCUACACCGAAAAUAAAGCCAUCUCUCUCGACUCCCAGAACCCAUGUCUCAGGACUCAACACACUCGGGCC